UUCUCAAUCCAAUUUAGAGUUCUGAAAAGAAACAAAACUUAUGGAAGGUUUAGAUUCGCUCUUCAUGUCUGAUCAAACUACACACCAACCAGUUCGAUCUGUGAGUCUUCCUUCAAGAAUCCAUCCACUCUCUGUUAAACUCAGAGCAGCCUUGAACCGACUCAGCAUCUGGCGUAGAUCUUCGUCCUCAAUCUCCGUAUCCCCUUAUUUUGGGUACGAGACGCUUCUCGUUGGACUCGUGAACCUCGCGGAGUUCUACGGUUGCGUGCAUGAGCUACUUGAGUCCUCUUACGUGAAACACACUCUUCUUCAUCGCCAGGAAGGGAAACUUCUAGCGGAUUCGUUAGAUGGGUCUGUUGUGUUGCUCGACGUGUGUGAGUCCACAAGGGAGGUGAUUGUCGUGAUGAGAGAACACGUUGCGAAUCUCAAAUCUGCUCUUCGUCGGAAAGGUAGCGUAGUAGACAAGGAGGCUAAAACAUACGUUAACUUCCAGAAGAAGGCAAAGAAACAAAUCUCUAAACACAUCAAUGCACUUAAGAAAAUGGAAACCAAAGACAUUUCCACCAACAUAUAUCAAGAUUCAGCGAUAGCAUCCACGAGUGUUCUGAGAGAGACAAUUGAUAUCACUGUCUCGAUUUUCAGACAUCUUUUGUUGUUCCUAUCAGCAAUACCGCCGGCAAAGAAAACCAGGAACACCGUAGGGUUUUUGUCGAUUCCUUUUGUAUCUUCGUCGUUGUUAGAUAAAUCUCUGGAUAUGAGAAAGGAAAUGAAGAAUCUCGAUGAUGUCUUCCUGGGUUCUUUUGGUUUUGAAGUCGAGCCAAUGCAGAACGAGAAAAUGAGGAGAGAUGUUGUUGAAGAUGGUUUUCGUGAUCUGGAGGCAGAACUGGACUCUGUUUCCAAGUGUUUGGUUAAGAAUAGGGUUUUGUUCUUAAACAUCCUCAGUAACUGUUGAGACUGAGCUUUUUUAUC